AUGAUACUGUCCUUCCCCCUUAGCUCGCAGAAAUCAGGACAUUCGGAAGAUGCUCAACCCAGACUCCCGAUCUCUCAUGGGAGUUUGCUCAUCCGGGCCAGGGAGGAGCGUGCAGCCAUCGUCGGCCGGUACGAUCUUGGCCGCGAAGAAGGGGCUAUCAUAGAUCCAUGGGGACCAGAAUUCGAGGUCUAUCACACCACAGACAGAUAUGGCUUUAUACAUGACAACAGGCUGCCUCAGUCCCGUUCCAAGGAGGAGGAGAAGAGACUGGAGAUCGAAAUGUCCAGGAUACCCAAGUGGACAAAGAUGAUAAAGUCGUGGGAAAAAUAUUGGGACAAGGAGAAGUUCUUCAAACGCGUCUACAAAGGGAUUCCUGACCGGUUUCGGGGCACUGUGUGGGCCAAGCUGCUCUACUCGAGCAGAUCAAGGAGGGAAAUGAGAAGACUCGGACGCAAGUGGUCCACGGAUGUACGACAGAUUGACUUAGAUGUUAACAGAACCUACAGAGAUCAUUCCAUGUUUCGUAAAAGAUAUGAUGAGAAGCAACGGCAACUCUUUCAUAUUCUUGUUGCAUACUCAAUGUACAACCAAGAAGUGGGUUACUGCCAAGGUAUGUAGAUUGCUGCGUUGCUACUCAUGUACCUGAAUGAAGAGGACGCGUUUUGGGCCCUCUCGGCUCUCAUGUCCUCCCCCAAGUAUGCCAUGCAUGGUUUCUUCAUUCCCGGAUUCCCAAAGCUUUUGCGGUACCAGCAGCACCAUGACAAAAUCCUGGAAAAAUUCUUGCCAAAGCUUAAGAAGCACUUGGAGAGAAACUGCAUUGAUUCUGGCUUAUAUACCCUCAAAUGGUUCUUUCAGUGCUUUCUAGACAGGGUGCCAUUUACCUUAACACUGAGGCUGUGGGACAUCUUCCUGUGAGGUGAGCGUCUCUUGGUGGCCUUUGCUUACUGUAUCCUCAAAUUGCAUCGUCGUCAGAUCACACGCCUUGACAUGGAUCAAAUUUUAGAUUAUCUUCAGAAAAGUAAAUUAGAGAAGAAUUUUGGUUAUGAAGACGACUAUGUGAUAGAGAGUUUAGAGAAGGCCAUGGAGGAGCUGAAGAAGGCAAAGCUCGACCAUCCUGGGGCACCACCCGACAACGAGCUGCCGCAGCAACCUUUUGGCAUGUUCAUAGAGCCCUCAGUUGAGAAGGAGUCAGGGAUCCGGCGAGGCUUCACGGAAGAGGAGCGGCUCAUCACGGAGAAACUGAUGAAGCGGACGGAGACCAUCGGCAUCAAUGGCUCGCAUCUCUCUGUUGACCGCGGGUCGCGGUAUUCACUGGAGUGCAGCAUUGAUGAAGUGAGCAGCCUGGGUGGGGUCGGAGGGUCCCGGGCCUCCCUUGCCAACACAUCUCUUACCUCAGCGGCGGACCUCUCCACCCUCUCCUCGGUCACCCUAGCCAGGCGUGGUGACAUGGACGCAGCCUCCAUUCAGUCAGGUCGCUCCCUCAUCUCUCCAGACACCCGCUCCGUGCAGUCAGUGCGCUCCCCAAGGUCUCCCACAGAGAAGUUCAGACACUCCAACAACCAUUCGCCAUCCCAGUCGCUGCCUACGCAGACCAAUGGUGAUGUUCACAGUGAUGCAAGGUCAAUUCAAAGUGAAGGUGAAGUCGUGCAUAAUGGCUUGGCGGGUAGCCCCCGCACAGCCCAUCUACCCCAAGGCCGUCCUGUUUGUCUGUGA